UUAUAGCAAGCGUUACUAGCAAAAAAAACUAUUGUCUGGUAUUCCGUUGUCUGGUGGUAGAGGCGAACAUGAGCCCAAAAACAAAAUUCCCAUAUCUGUAAUGCAACAUGUCUAUGACCAUAUAAACAGGUUUCCUGCGUAUGAGUCACAAUACUCCAGAAAACAUACUUCUAAAAAGUACCUAGUAGCAGGCUUAACGAAAAGUAAGAUGUAUACGUUGUACACUCAGAAAGUACCAUCUAACCCGGUGUGGUUUAAAGUUUAUUCUCAAGCCAUCGACGCAUUAGGCUUGAAAUUUAAAAAACGAAGCAAUGAUAUAUGCAAAACUUGUGAUAUCUUUCAAAAUAAGAUUCAAAGUUGUCAAGAUGCUGAUGCAAAAACAAAUUUCCAGCAGCUGUUACAAGAACAUCAUGAUGAGGCUGAAGCUGCUUAUGAAACAAAAAGAAUUGACAAAUUAACGUGCUCAGACAGUAAAAGUCAAAAAUUACUUGUAUUUGAUUUACCAACUCCGUAUUUAACAACUGGCACUGUAUUUUAUAAAAGACUAUUACAUACAUACAAUUUAACUAUUAAUGAUUACUCUGCGAAGGUAUCAACUCAUUUCAUGUGGCAUGAAGUGACAAUUGUGGUGGAUCUUUCAACUAAAAAUAACAAUUUAAAAGUAAUUGAUCACAAGUUCUUAGUCCCUGGUCACACCCACAUGGAAUGUGACAUUGUCCAUUUCCCAUUCAUGUACCACUAUAAUUUAGUUAGAUUAGCUGGCAAAAAAAAGAAAAUUACUAAGAAAAGAAAAAGAGAAGAAACACAUGAAGACAAUAAAAUAGAAAAAGACAAAUUUAUAGUAGUUAAAAUGGCCCAAGAGAAGUUUUUUGACUUUAAAAGUUUAUUAAAAGGAAAACUGGAAUAUGAGCUGUUUCAGGAAAUAAAUUUUAGAAGACAAAAAAGAGAAGCUAUAGACAUUGACAAUAUUACACUGGAUAAUUUAUACAGCGAACCAAGACAAAUAAAUGCAAAAAAAAUCUGA